ACUUUUUUUCUAACUUCUAUAUUGAGUAUAAGAACUUUGCUCACGUCACUCUUUAGUCCUCGUUAUUGAAUGAUAUUUCUCUGUUAAAGUUUCCAGUUCUUCCACAGAGCAUUGGGAUUCAUUGACAUCAACAGUCACUUCUAUCCAUAUAUGAUCUUUGCCCUCCACGAAUCUACAACGAUGAGAAGAUCCACGUCCAAGGAGGGUUCCUUCAGCGCCGACUCUGCGGUCCACAAACCAGACGGAGCAUCCUCCGUAGUCUCCUACCUGGCAAACACACUGCUGAAAGAGAAACCCGCGGAGCCCACCCCCGCCACCAGCGACGACGAAUCCAGCGGCGAAAACAUCUUCUACCUAGCCUAUGGUUCUAACCUCGCCAGGAAAACCUUCCUCGGGAUGCGCGGCAUUAGGCCGCUCUCCCAGAAGAACGUCCACUGCCCCUCCCUAACGCUCACCUUCGAUCUCGGCGGCUUCCCCUACCUCGAGCCCUGCUUCGCCAACACACGCUACACCACCGACGUACCCCCACCCGGGCCCCCAGGAGUCGACUACCACAAGACGCACUGGAAGAAGGGCGUCGUCGGCGUCGUAUAUGAAGUCACGAAGCAGGAUUUCCUGAAAAUCAUGGCCACAGAGGGCGGCGGCGCAAGCUACCAAGACGUUGUCGUCCCCUGCUACCCGCUCGAGUCCGACAUCUCGGUGGUGCCCGAGGUACCCACCGGCGAGCCCUUCGAUGCACACACACUCUACUGCCCCUGGCGUCCCGGCGGGCUGAAUCGCCCAGAUCCGAACCACGCGCAGCCGUCGCCGCGAUACUUGAACCUCCUCACCUCCGGCGCAGCAGAGCACAACCUCCCCGACGAAUACCGCGAAUACCUCGCCCAGAUCCGGCCGUACGUUGCGACAAGCACGAGGCAAAAGAUUGGGCGGAUAGCGUUUGCGGUGGUGUGGGCGCCGAUAUUCCUGCCGAUCAUGAUGGUUAGCAGGAAGCUGGUGGAUGGUAAGGGGGUGGCGCCGGGGUGGUUCAAGGCGAUUAUGGAUGGGCUUAAGGUGGCGAUGUGGGGGAGCUAUGAUAUUUUUUAUAGGCGGAUAUAUGGGGAGGGUGAGAGGACGCUGGAGAGCGAACGGCCGCCGAGGUUUGCGGAGGAGAAGGAUGAGGUUAAGCCGAGGAUUUUGGAGGAGAGGAUGAGGGAUUUGCAGGGUGUUUUGGAGGAGUGUGGGGAGUGAUUUGAUGGAUCUAUGUAGGGCAGCUACAGCUGUUUUGAACGUUAUGUUGAGCCUGUUGUUGAUAGCAUUGUAAAUAUAUCACCAUAUGUUGUUUU